AUGGAGGCUGUUGAUAACAACACCGAUACGGUGCAUCCCGAGGUUCGGGCGCAUAUCAACAGCUUGGUGUCUGCCCUCGGUGGAUUCAGUGCCGAUGAUGAUGGCCAGUACAGGCUCGGCGAUGACGCGCUCGACGUCCUACGCGACAUCAAGAAAUGGAUCCGGUUCUACGACGAGAAGACGAACCGCAUGGACGUUGCCCGGUGUCUGGCCGAAGCGAAUCUAGUUGGCGGUGACCUGCUGCAUAUCUUGGCAACAUGGCCCGAAAAUGCCACGGAUAAUCGCUUCAAGGCUCGCAUUGCCCUUGCGUGCUUCGAGAUCAUGGCUCCGCUGACCUGGCCCAUCGAGAAGAACAAGGAGGAGAUGACGGUCAACCACCACCGGCACAUGCCCGUGCUACAGCUGGCCCAGCUGGGCUAUAAGCGGGACAUCAUCAACUUUGACAGCGCACAAAUACUACGCUCUGUUGUGCGCGUUGCAUUGCCGUCAAUGGCUAUCCCCGCUGGAGACAGGUCGCCGAGAGACCAAGGAAUCAUCAGGCUCAUGCUAUACUUCUUGCGCAAUAUUGCUAUGAUUACCCCUCUGCCAGGUCUCAAGUACGACGGCGAUGAGUCUCAGAUAUCCCGGUCUGCCACCAUUGAUGCGUUUUCCUAUCAGGACAUCCUCCUGACGGUCUUGACAAUCGCCUCGAAUAUGGGUGAGGACUUCAGGACGGAGGAUGUCGUGGUAAUGGAAAUCAUUUUCCACCUCGUCAAGCGCGUCGACGUCCACAAACUUUUCCUCAACGAGCAGCAACUCAACAAGGCUAAAGCGAACGAGCUGGACGCCAUGAUGAAAAAGGAGGCUGCCAUGCUACGAUCAUACAACCGCAAGGCGCCGACGAGGCACAGUCGAUUUGGCACGAUGCUGUGGGUAGAUAGGGGAGAUGGCAAGAUGUCUUCUCUCUCCGGCCAAGACGCUCUAGCAGAUGCUGCGAGUAGGGAGCGGAAGAUGGACCAGUCUAAGACCUUCAAGCCACCAAGGCGGGCCAGGAAAGAAGGAAUGGAGCCGAAGGACCUUGGUCCUCCCGUAUCUCUCAAUGCCAGAGCAAACGACCAGCUUCGAGGCUUUGUCGAGGAAUUCCUCGACUCCGGCUUCAAUCCUUUAUUUCAACAUGUGCGCCAGACCAUUGUGAGGGACGCCCCGCACCUCAUGGGCUAUCACCGGGCACAGUUCUUCUACCUUGUGGCUUGGUUCCUGGAGGCAGAGCGCGUUAGGCAAAAGUCCAACAAAGGCCAAAAGGCUCCAUCGCAAGACGACGUGAGCACAUACAACUUGGUCGCCGGUGUUCUGAACCAGGAGACGUUCAUCGCCCUUAUGUCUGCUUUGUACAGAUCACAUAAUCAAAAUGACUGGCCAGAACUCAUCGCCGUAAUGCGCUGCUUCACGCAGAUUCUCUUGACGGUGCAAGAGAUGUUCGAGUCUGGGAAUGAGGAGGAUCAGGAAAUCGCAGAGAACACUCUCAACCGACUGUUCUAUGAGGAAGCAACCCACGACGCGGUGGCCAACAUUGUACGGCAGUACAAGGAUCAAGGCUUUGAGUACCUCGAUGCCUGCACUGAACUGCAACACACAUAUCUACGUAUUCUAGAGUCGUACUCCAAGCAGAAUGUGGACCUACAAGUUCGCUCGCGAAAGCGCACCAGACGCAAGAAGAAGGCAGACAAAGCCGCCGGGAUUGACAACGAUGAGGAUAACCCUGAGGAUGAUGAUUCCGCAAAUGACGAAGCCAAUGCGCAGAAAACAAGUCAGGAGCGCAAAUUCGACUUCAAGCGCUUCGCGAGCAGAUUCGCCGCCCAGGGUUGUGUUGACACAUUUGUCAAGUUCACCAUGUUCUACAAGGACCUCAACGAAUCUCAACUGAAGCGAGCUCAUAGGUUUUUCUAUCGUGUAGCUUUCAAGCAGGAAAUGAGCGUCAUUCUUUUCCGGGUAGACAUCAUCCACCUCCUUUAUAACAUGAUCAAGGGCCCCGAGCCACUAGAGAAGAGCUCAGGAAUGUACAAGGAGUGGGAAGAAUUGGUGAAGCAGAUCAUUAGGAGAUGUGUACGAAAAAUUGAGGAGCGACCAGCACUCAUUAUUGAGAUGCUGUUCUCCAAGAUCAACAGCACCGCCCACUACCUCGAGUUUGGCUACGAAAAACAGACAUUGACUACCUCACAUGCCAGGCCCGCUGCGGAACUGGAAUUCCGUCAAGUGGUCGAUCCUGAACGGCAGAUUGCCAUCGCAGUCGGCGCUCUACUGGACAGAAAUGAGUCCGACCACAUUGAUUGGGUCAAGAAGCAGCUUGCCGCUGCUGAGAGUGAACGGCGAGCAUGGGAGGCGGCGGAAAAGGCAAUGCCAUCCGUGGAAGGUGGCGAAGCUGGAGUUGAUGCGGAAGGCGCAGAGAAACCAGCAGAAGAUACCCCAGCGAAGGAGAUGCCCGUUCACACUAUCCAUCCCGAUGACAAUGCUCGCCGCACUGCCAUGUUCAAGAAUUCAUAUCUCCGUCUGCUCAUGAAACUCGUUGGCUUCGAGCGUCUGGCUUCGACAAUUGAUGAGUCGCUAGACUCUGUGUGGGUAAUACCUGCAAAUCUCUCUGCAGGCCAACUCAAGGAGUCCCUUGACUUCAUCAACAAGGCCGAGUUCAGCCCGCCUACUUUUGAAGGCAAUUAUGAUGCCGCGGCGCAGCUGCGCCGAAAGACGGCACCUCGCAAGAAGGCUGAGUAUGAUGAUGACAAUGACGAUGCGGAUGAUGGGUUCUUGGAUGACGAGAUGCUCUUCCCACCUAAUAGUGCGGCGCCGUCAAGCAAGCCUGCAGAUGCUCUCGCCAAGCUGAAGAAAGCGGCACGUAGAAGGCGUGGGCAAGCCUCCGAUAGUGACGGAGAUGACGCCGAGCCGCUAGAUGACGAGGAGCUCGAGGCGCGCAGAAGGGCGCGGCGCCAAAGAGAGCUGGAGAAGGCUCGCAAGAUCAAGUCUGAGCUGUACGUUCACGCCAGCGAUGACGAGACGGACGACGAGCGUGAUCGCGAAUUCUUCGAGCGGGAAGAGGCCAUUCGGAAGCGUGUAAAGGAAGCCCUUCUCAGCGCACCGACGGAGGUGGCGCCCAAGGAGAAGGGCAAAGGGAAGAAGAAGAACAAGUCGGUUACGGCUCUGUUAGGGAGCGAUGACGACGACCUCUUCAACUCGACGCAGGACUCACCCGCGCCGAAACAAAAAAAGAGAAAGUCGGGGCUUCUUGAAGACUCGAGCGAUGAGGAUGCAGAUGAUAAUGUUGAGCAUUCAUCUCCGCCCAAGUCUUCAGCUGCUCCUGCCAAACGUCGGAAAACAACAACGGCAGGCUUCUUGGACGAUGAUAGUGACGACGAAGACGACGCCGAGUUUACUCAGUCUAGUGGAGGAGAGGAUGAGGAUGCUGAUAAAGACGCAGCCCAAUCGGAUGAUGAGAUGGACACGGACGGCACGCCACCGUCGUCUGAGCCACCCCUUACAGCUGCGAAGAGGGCUGCUCAGGAGAAGGCGGUCACUGCAGCCACCCGUUCACCCCUUAGUGAGAAGACUAUAAAUACUACAGUCGACGUAGACAUGGAUGAUGAAGACAUGCCAGUCACCGCGCCGGUCAAGGCAAGAGCGAGAGCCAGGGCAGCGCUUCUACUUGAUAGUAGCGAUGAAGAGUAA